AAAAUCAUACAGUCAUACCAACUCCCCUACUACCAUGCAGCCCAUCUCGUUGUUCGCCCACUCAUAUAUCUACAAAGUGUCUGGACCCGCAGUGCGAUACGGUAUACGAUACAAGGAACAUUAUACGUAUCUGCAGUGCCAUUAGACAGAGACCAUUGAUUGAGUUGAUCAUGUGUUUACUACUAGUUACGGUGCGGUCUUAUGGUCUACUAGACUAGCUAAGUGGUUGGAAAAAAUGGCAAGAAAGAAGAACAAUACACCCACCCAUUUUCAUUGAAAAUCGUCGUCUUGGUCUUGGGACGGUAUGCGACGAUGACGACUAUGCUAAAGCCAUAGUCACCGACCGUGUGCAAAGCAGUAGGUACCUACCUCGCUAAUCGUUCUCCGCGACGACUUACUCAUAGCCGCGGCGCCGCCGGGUUUCAUCAUUAGCUGGAAAGUGGUGCUCUUCGUCGCGCGUUUAUUGCCAAUCGCACAAAUGGUCAAACAGUUGUGAUUCCGCUAUUCUAAUCUCGGGUCGCGAGGCUGGUAGUAAAACAGCAGUUAUUACGUGCAUCAGCCGGAGCAGCUCGGUGAAGAUAUUAUAAACACCUUCGUCGCGUCGUCGUCGGUUCGAGGAGGGAGGAACGAUUGGAAUGAAGUGAAGCACCCAGCCAGAGUGUGCCUUCUUGAAGCGUUCAGUGAAGUGAUAAGGUGGGAAGAGUAGUGAAGAAGCCCGUUUUUAUCGUGCCGUAUGCAAAAUAAGUUGUAGUCUCAUCCAGGAAUGUUGCGAAGUAAACCGCAGUAAGGUGUUCCGCAAGUGUGUUCAUCCACAACAAAGCACCGCGGGGAUGGCAUAGAAAAAUCCCCAAAUUGAAACCACUCUCGCAGUGCUGCUCAGUGCAGUGAACUUGCUGCGGGGUUUGUUGGGCCACCACCAAUGCUAAGUGGGCGAAACAAUCCACUUCAGUAGGCACCAGCCACUAGUAGUGCUAUCAUAGGUCGACCGUCGUCAGCGUGGUGGAAGAAUCGUCGCGUCAUUACUAAAGCAAACAGACACCAUCCGUGAGGGAGCUAGCAGCAUGGCAGUUUCGAAAUUCAGCGACGUCGAUGAGUAUGGCUUCAAGCGGGAGCCAGACUUCGAUUACCAAUCGUACGAGAACAUCAUGUCCAGCUACUACACGGUCCUAACGACGCGGAGUAUCAAGUGGCAACAUUUUUCGAAAGAUGCAGACAUCUUGUCCAAGCCUCGAAAGUUGAAACGCUUCGUCCGCAAAGGUGUACCCGGACCGCUACGGGAGGAAGUAUGGAUGAAAUCCUCCGGCGCGUAUCGGAUGCAGCAGAAAGAACCAAGUCUAUACCAGACACUGCUGCGGUACGAGUAUGAUCAGGAAAUCUCGGACCAAAUCAAAAUCGAUCUUCCUCGAACCUUCCCGGACAACAUCCACUUCGAUCAGUACAAGCUCGGCCUGUACAACGUGCUCAUAACGUAUGCACAUCACAACAAAGCGGUCGGCUACUGCCAGGGGCUGAAUUACAUUGCCGGCCUGAUCUUGAUUGUGACGAAGAAUGAAGAAUCGACGUUCUGGCUGCUCAAAGUGUUAGUGGAAAACGUCGUUCCCCUGUACCACACCAAAAAGAUGGAAAACCUCAUCACGGAUAUCGAUGUUCUCAGCGAAUUGGUUCGAUUACGGGUACCCGAUGUGCACAAACAUAUAGCCGAUUUAGGACUGCCAUGGCCUGUGAUAGCCACCAAGUGGCUGAUUUGCCUUUACGCGGAAGUGGUGCCGACGGAGACUGCCCUCCGGAUAUGGGACUGUGUGUUUCUCGAGGGCAAUAAAAUCCUGCUGCGGGCGGGUGUCAGCAUCGUGAUGCAACUUCGACAGGAAAUAUUGGCAACGGAUGAUAUUUCCACGUUGAUAGGCCUGUUUCGAGCGCUGGAGAAGAACCCCAUUCUCAUGGAUUGCCAUAAGUUCGUGAAAAGUAUCUUCAAACUGCCGGGAACACUGAAACGGGCACAAAUUGAUCGACUACGGAGAGAAAUCUACGAACAGAGGAUAGCCAGUAAACAGAAAGAUUCCUAGGGUCUGGAGGACUAUAUCCUCAAGAGAUAUAGGCUUAACUUGGUGUAACCAGGAACCAGUGGGGAAUAACCCUACCAGUUGUGUGGCCUUCGCAAGUAAGGAUUCAUCGUUCCACAUUGCAAAUGAUGCUUCUUCUCGAGAAUUCUGAUUUGCAUGUCGAAAUGCUAAUUGAGUUUGUACUAGAAUCAGUUUUGAGAAGCAUCAUUUGCAAUGAUAAUAAAAGCUGCCGGAUGAGCUCGGUUUCAGCACGGCUCACCCGUUUCGAUGGGAGUACCGAAAAAGGGGAGAAGGUGGAUUAUAGCUAGCAUUAUUGCCUGUGAAGUCAAAUGUAUGGGGCAUAUAUCUAUGCGCUACGAGAAGAGAUAAUGUUGACCUUAAGAUUUCACCGGUAGUGUAAUUAGUCGGUUCUUCAUCGUAAUUUAUUGACUCUCUCGUGGUUCUCGUUCUCACAUAUAAUUACGAAUGGUUGCAAAUGCUAUUCCAAAUCCAAACCUUUUUUCGUGUGCUCCUAUUAAAACGGAAAAUUAAUAUCAAAUAGAUGUAGGAAUUUCAUAUUACAGCAGAGAAGUUUGAGAAUGGUAGCUCUGGGCGUGUUAGUGGAAUAACUGUAAGUAAUAAAAAAAUCGAGUUAAAUACUUUCCGCUUAAUUUCAACUUUGUAUUUAACUAUAGUUCAGUCAAGUACGAGUCCUAAACACAAUCUUGUUACAGUUGAUGUUGAAAUACGUAUCUGUUAUAGAAUGCAAACACAUAAUUGGAAUUCAACGGAACGGUAUUUAACUCCAUUUAUAUUCGUUAUUAUCUUGCUUAAAAAAGAAAGCGACCAAAAAGCGUAUGCAAAAAAUAUGUCACAAAUUGUCAAUGCUUUUAUAGAAUUGAUUAGUUUGGCUAAUAUGAUUUUCUACUUGGGGAAAGUCCUACUCAAUAAACAUUCAGUCAUCAGACAUGUCAGUGAAAAUGCAUUUGUUCGAGCAGCUAGGACAAUAAAAAUAAUCGUUGAUUUUAUUGAUAAACGUAACGUAUGUAGGUGCAGCUAGUAGCUAGUAUACCCAAGUUAGGGAAUUUUACGACAAUGUGAUUCAUAUUUGGAUAUGUUCCAUACAAUAAUGUAAAUAAAUAUAGUGUAAUAUUCAA